GUUCCACUGGGAACCAGAGCACUACUCCGUGCUGGAUUAAACCACCAAAGAUGCCUAAAGAUGAAGAAAAAGUUAACUUGCGUCGCCUCGAGCCUGCCAUCCAGAAGUUCAUUAAAGUUGCCAUUCCCACAGAUCUGGAGCGGUUAAGGAAACAUCAGAUCAAUAUCGAGAAGUACCAGAGGUGCAGGCUGUGGGACAAGCUGCACGAAGAACAUAUCAAUGCUGGCCGCACUGUUCAGCAGCUGCGAGCAAAUAUCCGAGAGAUGGAGAACCUUUGCGCCCGAGUCCGGAAGGAAGAUAUUCUAAUUUUGCAGCGAAUGAUUGACCCCGUGAAAGAAGAAGCUUCGUUGGCCAUCAGAGAAUUUUUACAGCUGCAUUCGGAGUCGGCCGAAGUGUUGAAAAGGCAGUUCAGACAGCAGGAGGCUGGUUUGACCCACUCUACCACUGUCGGAACGGAAACCUCCAACACCGAAGGCGGAGAAAAUUCCCUUAGCCAGAUUUUUGCACCGUUACCUGAAAUCCCCCAGGAUCAAAACGCCGCAGAAUCCUGGGAAGUUUUAGAAGAGGAUCUGAUUGAAUUGAGUACUCUGGUGACUGAAUUCUCCCUGCUUGUUAAUGUAAGUACAGCAAAGCUGGGGUUGUCCGCUGAUGAGACCCCCGCCCUUCGAAUGACUCUCUCUCUCUCUCUCUCUGCCCCUCUCUCUUCCUAGGCUGCUACCUACAAACUGGCCGCCCUUCCGGUGGCCGGCGCCAUCCUGGGGGGCAUCGUGGGGGGCCCGAUCGGGCUCCUGGCAGGCUUUAAGGUGGCCGGGCUGGCGGCCGCUUUGGGCGGCGGCGUGCUGGGCUUCACGGGGGGGAAACUCAUUCAGAGGAAGAAGCGGAAGUUGAUCACGGAUCUGUCGUCCUCCAGCUGCCCGGACGUGCCUGGUCAGAGCGGCCAAGGGGGCAGCUGAGGACUUCCCCAGCCCGGCAUCACGGACUGCUCACCUGGACAGGUGGUUUCCUCCUCCUCCUCCUCCUCCUCCUCUUCUUCCUCCCUGCUGGAAAUAUUUCCUGUUGUUUGAGAAUGUGAAAGGGGACAAAAUUGAUGCUGGGGGAAAAAAAAAUAACCCUUCUGACUCACGCCAGGGGAAGGCAAAGCGUGGUCACGCUUUGGCGCACCUCACCUGCACCGCGUUGCAAGGAAGGUGGAAAGGUGCGCGCCGAAGGGAGGCCUCCACCUGGUUUGCCUUCCUCCUCCAGGGAGUGUUAUCAGUGUUCACCAAAUGCCUUUUUCCAGGUUUACAAAACGGACAGGAACGCCCAGAGGUAGCCUUUGGUUUUAAAGCCUCUGGAUACUUCCGUUUUACGGUUACACACCUGUCGGUUUUAGUCGCUUUCUGGCUUCUCAGGAUCGGUUUGCGGUGGCAGAUUUGGGUUCGUGGCAGGACAGGCCUGCUGGGGUCGGGGGGAAGGGUCAGGCGGAAGAGGUGAUGAGAGGUCUCGCCUUGGGAGGGGAAAAUUCGGGGGGAGCGGGGCUUGGUUUGCAAAUUUUAAUUCUUUUUUUUUUUUCCAGACUGGAAAGUUGGCUUCUACCUCUCGUUUUCAAGUGCCACGGUCAGGAAAAGCCAGAACAGGCUAUUCGGGGGGGCAAUUCUCUGCUUGUGGCUUGUCAGGUGUCUGGAACGGUGUUUCCGUGGUAACUUUCAGAUGAGUGGACUUCGACUCCCAGAAUCCCCCAGUCAGCAAGGAAUUCUGGGAGUUGCACUCAUCUGAAAGUUGUCCAGUUGAUUGGAGAACGCUGGGAGUGGAAGUCCUCACGUCCAUAAAGGGAGAAACAUUACUCUGGAAUGAGCAGAGAGGUUGGGAACGAUGGGCCCUUGAUGAAGUGUGGACUUCAACUCCCAGAAUUCCCCAGUCAGCAAGGCAUUCUGGGAGUUGAAGUCCGCAGGCCAUACAAGCCGAAAUCCCCCACUCUUGCUGUAGAGUAUCAGACAAAAAUUAUUUGAUUUUAGUUAUUAAUUAUUCCUUCCAUGCCAACUGACCCCUCAAGGUGGAAACGGAUCUGUUUUGGAGGGAUGUUUGCGCCCAAAUGAACCAACUGGGGCUGUGUGCGUUGGGUCGGUUCAAAAGAGCGACAACUAUAUUUUUCCUCUUCGCACAAAAACACAACGCCAUCUCGUCCGCCUUACAAGUCGCCCCCAGAGUCAGUUCGGAUCUCUUAAAAAUCACCAUCAUCUUUUAUCUGAAGUAUUUCAAAAUGUCUCCCGGACGUGGGUUGUGUGCCAUCUUUUUAAGUGGGGCAAAACACUUUUACUGCAUCGUUUGUACCAACGCCGGGUGUCUCUACACAUCAUCCGAGAAAUAAAAGACGUUUUUAAAAAGAAGU